UCCCACCAUUGCCAGCAGUGCUCUCGUGUAACACCAACUAGCAGCGACGAGUCGGUAGUUGUAGUUUGCAGUAACCGGAGCUCGACGCAGGCCACCAUGCCGGGGCUCACCAUCGGCGACACCAUCCCCAACCUGGAGCUGGACUCCACCCAGGGCCGGAUCCGCAUCCACGACUUCGUCGGCGACGGCUACGCCAUCAUCUUCUCCCACCCCGCUGACUUCACGCCGGUGUGCACGACGGAGAUGGCGGCGAUGGCGGGGUACGCGCACGAGUUCGAGAAGCGGGGCGUGAAGCUGCUGGGCAUCUCCUGCGACGACGUGGCGUCCCACAAGGAGUGGAUCAAGGACAUCGAGGCCUUCAAGCCGGGGGCCAAACUGACGUACCCGAUCAUGGCGGACCCGGACCGCAGGGCCAUCAGGGAGCUCAACAUGGUGGACCCGGACGAGAAGGACGCGCGCGGGGUGAGCCUGCCCUCCCGCGCGCUCCACGUCGUGGGGCCCGACAAGACGGUGAAGCUGAGCUUCCUGUACCCGGCGUGCACGGGGCGGAACAUGGACGAGGUGCUCCGCGCCGUGGACUCGCAGCUGACGGCCGCCAGGCACAAGGGCAAGGUGGCCACCCCGGCCAACUGGAAGCCCGGCGACCGCGCCGUCAUCGGGCCCAGCGUCUCAGACGACGAGGCCAGGAAGCUGUUCCCGGACGGCUUCGAGACCGCCGACCUGCCCUCCAAGAAGGGCUACCUCCGCUUCACCAAGGUCUAGUCGUCUAGACGACGACCCGUCGCCGGCGGCGUGCCGUGCCUUGCUCUUUUGGGUGAUCCUGAUCCGCCGGUGCUGCAUCUGAGAGGUUACUGGCCUGGUGUUUGCGUGUGUGCGUGAUGGCUCGAUCUGUGUGUAUGCAUGUGUGCCGUGAUGCCACCGCCGAGCAGCUAGCUAGCGGUGGUGUCAGUAGUAAGUACUCCAGUAACUGUACCUGGAAUCCUGGAUGGACUUGGCUGAAAUGCAACGUGUCGUGCCUGUGUAC